AUGGAAGUGAUUACGAAUCGUAACCGACAAAUUAUUGUUCACGAAGGAUAUCAAUAUAUUUUUGAUAAAUUAGGGACUGGUAACGUCACUAAAUUGUAUAGAUGUAGACGUGACAUUCAUUGUAAAGGUCGGAUUAAGGUAAGUAGCGAUGGUGUCAUUGAAGUUACUGGAGAUCACGGUGGCCAUGACGAAUCACCAGUCGGAAUAGAAAUAGCUUCGACGAUCACUAAUAUUAAGAAACGAGCUUUGGAAACUAUGGAGGCACCAGCUAUGGCAAUUAAUCAAUGUAUAGAAGGUUUAACAAUUGCUGGAAAAGGAGCGUUAACUUCUGUUAACAACCUUAAAAAUAUUGUUCGAAGAGUUCGGCGGCAUAAUGGUCCACAAAUUCCCGUUGCUCCAUUAACAUUAAUGGAAUUAGAAAUUCCUGAGGAGUAUAAAAAAUAUGAAGUGGAACCUGGGCAAUUCGAAAGUUUUUUGCUCUGUGAUACAGGACCUGGAGCAAAUAGAGUCCUUAUAUUUGGUCGCCAAAGAGGAUUGGAGAUACUAGCGACAAGCAAUGAGUGGUUUGUGGAUGGAACAUUUAAGAUUGCCCCAAACCUAUUUUCACAAGUAUUUGUGAUCUUAGGCAGUCACAAUAGUGGUGUUCAUCCAUGUUUGUAUGCACUUUUACCUAACAAAAACCAGGCAACAUACAACCGACUUUUGGUGGAAAUUAAAAAUCUAGCUCCAGGAAUAAUUGCUGGAAGUAUUUCUGUGGAUUUUGAAAUUGCAAUACAUAAUGCUUUUAGAACUGAAUUUCCUAAUAUAGAAAUUAGAGGUUGUUUUUUUCAUCUUUUGCAAAAUAUGAAAAAACAAGUUGCAGCUGUAGGAUUAAUGGUAGACUACAGAAAUGAUGCAGACUUUAAUUUACAUGCUCGGAUGAUAACGGCGUUGGCAUUUGUCCCGCCAGAAGACGUGGCUGCUUAUUUUGAAAUGCUAAGUGUGGAAAUAGAAGCAGUUUAUCCACCAUUACAACCAAUCCUCGAUUGGCUAAAAACUUAUUAUAUUGGAAUGUUGAGAAGAGAAGGUGUUAGAAGAAUACCAUCUUUUCCUAUUCCUACUUGGAAUUUAUAUUAUAGAGUUCUAGCUGAACAAAUGGCUAACAACGGAGCGUUGAAUGAACGGCUGAGUAAUUUACUGAUCAUUGCAGUGGAAAGUGAUGUAUCAGGUAAAAUUAAGAUGAUGUAG